AUGGACCUACCAGAGAGACCCGCCGGUGGCCCUGCUACACAAAUAUACCUCUGGGACCAGCCCAAGGAGGGGCGCCGAGGGACACUGCUCAGCUUAGAGGAGCAAAUACUCAACUCCACAUUCGAAGCUUGUGACCCCCAGAGGACAGGCCUGGUGGCUGUGACCCAAGUCCUAGCCUACCUGGAGGCUGUAACAGGACAGGGCUCCCAGGAUGCACGUCUCCAAACACUGGCCUGCAGCCUGGACCCCAACAGGGAGGGCCCUCAGGCCACUGUGGACUUGGACACCUUCCUGGUCGUCAUGCGGGACUGGAUCGCUGCCUGUCAGAUGGAUGGAGGAUUAGAGCUGGAAGAGGAGACUGCCUUCGAGGGGCCCCUGACCUCCCAGCAGCUGCCAUCUGUAUGCCCAGACACCGAGGAGCCAGCCAACCUGGAGAGCUUCGGAGGCGAAGACCCCAGACCUGAGCUGCUUGGCACAGCUGACUUGUUGAGCAGCCUGGAGGACCUGGAGCUCAGUAACCGCAGGCUGGCGGGGGAAAAUGCCAAACUGCAGCGCAGCGUGGAGACUGCCGAGGAGGGGUCCGCGCGCCUCGGGGAGGAGAUCUUGGCCCUGCGCAAGCAGCUCCGCAGUACCCAGCAGGCUCUGCAGUUUGCCAAGGCCAUGGAUGAGGAGCUGGAGGACCUGAAGAGUCUGGCCAAGAGCCUGGAGGAACAGAAUCGCAGUCUUCUGGCGCAGGCCCGGCAGACAGAAAAGGAGCAGCAGCAUCUGGUGGCUGAAAUGGAGUCUCUGCAGGAGGAGAAUGGGAAGCUACUGGCCGAGCGGGAUGGAGUGAAGAGGAGAACUGAGGAGCUGGCCAUGGAGAAGGAUAUUUUGAAGCGGCAGCUCUAUGAGUGUGAACACCUCAUUUGCCAACGAGACACCGACCUCUCUGAGUGCACUUGCCACGCAGAGAGUCUGGCCAAGACCUUGGAAGAGUACAGAACAACAACCCAGGAACUGAGGCUGGAAAUCUCACACCUGGAGGAGCAGCUGAGUCAGAUCCAUAAGGGGCCAGAUGAGCUACCCAAAGGGUCUCAGGCGAGAAGAGUGGACUGGACCAAGCUGCUGUCCCCAUCACUGGGCAUGGAGAUCCAGGCCAUUCAGCAGAAAGAAGAAGAGGCAGCCACCAAUCUCUCCAGCCCUCUGUGUGGGGUAUGGCGGUGGGAGGAGGGCAUCAAUGAGAGUGAUGAGGAAGCUGAGUUUCUACCUGAAAUCCCAACUGAAGGACAGAGAAACUUCCAAGGAGAGCCAGCAUACCCUCAUGAAGGAAGGAAGGAGCAGUCAAUGUGGUUGCCCAGAAGAGAGGAAGAGGAGGAAGCAGAGAUCCAGGUCACGGCUGAUCUCUUCAUCCCUCUGGGAGACCCUCACACUGGAGACAUUCCAAGAAGCCCUCCUGAGAGCCCUGCCCCACCAGACCUGCAGCAAGCCCUGGUACCUGUGGAGAAGAAGCUGGUCCCAGUAAGGAGACCAGUCUGGGGCAAGGUCUGCCUGUGCCCCCUGCACCCCCAGCAGCUCAGGGUCACUGGGCACCCGCUGAUUCCGGCACCUGUCUUGGGUCUCCUGCUGCUGCUGCUGCUCUCCAUCCUGCUGCUGGGCCAGUCCCCACCCCCCACUUGGCCCCACCUUCAGCUCUGCUACCUCGCCCCCCCCCCAGUGUGAGCCAUGCUCCCCAUUCCCUCAGAGCAAUGUCUAGUUCAGUGAAUUUCUUCGGCUCUUUUUACUGUUAUUCCUGUUGUGCCACUGUUAUCUGGGAUUACCCCAGUACGGAGAUCCUGCGGUAUUGCAGGAUCUACACUCCUGUAUGGGGUCUUUAGGUGAAGUCUUGGUUUUUUGAUGUUGACAACUAUAUUUCUUGACAGUAGCAAAACACGCCCAAUAACGGAGUAAGUACUAGGGUUUUAUUUUCCUCACAAAACAAGCCUGGAGAACAGCGGUAAGCCCACAGCUCAGUCUCUACAGCCUCGGGGCCAGCGCGCUGUGACUCUGUGAUCCUCCUGGCCCUUCCCUCAUUCUCAGGGGAUGGCUGACAUUGUAGCUUCAUAUGUCGUAUCUGCAGAGAGAAGGGGAUGUGUCCCCUCUUUUUUGUAAAAAAAAAAGCAGUAGCCUUCCCAGAGCCAGCAGCAGACCUGUGUUUAUGUCUUGUUGGCCAGAUGGUUUGGCGUCAUCACCCCUCACUGCAAGGGAGACCAAGCACCUCUCACAGCAGAAAGGGAGAGAGAGAUGUGGGCCAGACACAGACCACAAAUGUCUGCUCCAGUGCAAACAGCCAGCAGGAAGUGGACCAGUGUGACAUUUGUUCACUCCACAAACACUUUGUGAUUUGCCCAAAGAAUGAUGGGAGCUUUGGGAGGUUUUGUUGCUUGUUUUGGGUUAUUUAUGUUUGAGGUGUAACUUACAUACAGAUAAAUGGACAAAUCUUAA